UAUCCGAGUGCUUUGUUCGACCUAUUUUAAGGCGGUAAGUAUAAACGUUACUUUCAUACAAAUAGCAGUGGACUCGUCAGCUAAAGUUAUGUGCUGUAUUUCUAUUAAUAGAUCUCAACACUUGGUGAAGAAGAUUUUUCAUCGGACUUAUCAUUGUAAGUCAUAUACCCCAAAUUUUUUUAAUAUUCACGAAUCUGUAAAUUCUAUAUUGUAUUUAGACGCUUGUAUUCGUGAUUGGCAAGACCUUAAUUUAUGGACGGACUAAUCAUAUAUAAGAUAACAGGUUUUGAAUUUUAUCGUGGAACUCAUCCACUUAUCCGGCUAAACACUAUUUUGUUAUUAUUCCUGAUGUCAUUAUAAUGGAGUCCUCAACCUAAACCAUCAACUGUAAAUCGUAAUUAUGAAUUCUCACAUAGUAGGUGUACAUUCUCAGAGCCAUUUCAGCGUUGCCUAAAGGUUGUCCAUAACUUAGUCUCAAGCCACUAUUAAGGAUUUCUAAUUGUCACCAACAGAACACCCUACACAUCGUAAGUCGCCAAUGCACUUAGGAUGUCAGUUAAGUUAGUACGUUGACUAUGGCACCUUUGGACGAAAUAUUCAAGUAAGCUUUAGUUAAUUCUUAGGAGGUCAUACGACGUUUCCCAUAUUUGUUAUAUUGCAUUAAGUCCCUAUGUAACGUGGCCCACUCUUAACCAAGUGAUUUAAUCACGUGGUAGAUAAAAUAUAUGGCACUUGUUGCUAUCCUUAAGAUCAUUUGUAGCAUGAGCGACUGUCUAAAACCUAACAUUGUAAGUACUCAGUACGAAGGCCUUAUUUUUUUCAAAUUCCGUUGCUUUGGGUGAACUUGGUACACUGUAGCUAUUCAAGCAGUUCAUAUCCUUGGCUUUAAGUUGCUAUAACAGAAAUCAAUAGUAACUGACUGUCCAGUAAUCUGAAUAUUGUCUGAGACCUAAAUACCGAAGUACUUCUUGCCUGUAAAGCAAUGUUCCGUUUAUUACUUUGGAUAAUUAAGGCUAAGAAAACAGAAGCGCGUAAAUACUUACUAUUGUAUUAGUUUAAUUUAUAUUGGACGUGCUUUUAGAUGAUUUGUUCUCACCAUAGUACGGCGUUUUAUAUGUGCACUUUUCUACAACUGCAGAUUGUUUCGACAAAUACGUGAAAAACUGUCUUUCGCUACAUGUGUAACAGUAAUCAGUUAGUAUGGAAGAUACAUGGGUAUAGCUAAGAUUUACAAGCUGCAAACAUUUAAAGUUCUGUGUUCUAUCAAGAAUGACUGUCGACGAUUGAAGUAGCUCCUAAAAUACUCCUAUACAAUGCCAGCUGAGGAAGGACGUAUCGCUCGCAAAUCCACGACCUUGAAACAAAAUCGAAAACAAGCUCGCAGCGUACUAAAAAGCGAAAAGGUACUUAAUCGGUCAACAAGGAAACGGGUUGUAGAAGUAAUUACUCCACCUAUCUCUGCAAGGCUUAGAAGUGCUGGUACGCGACAAGCGUGUGAAGAAACAAAUGUCAGGUUGGAUACCCUAUUUUUGAAACCGAAAGGUCGUAAAUCUGUUGCUCAUGUGAACCAAAUAAGGAAGAAUGGUACACAUCUUGAUUUAAUAGUCGGAAGUAAUGGAAUACCUGAUGUAUUGAACAACCAUAUUACGCCCACUGGUUCCUUGCAGAAUGAAACAGAGAAUAAAGUCUCCGAAACUCCUAUUCUGCAACCUAUGACAGGCUCACGUUUUUGUAGCACCAUGUAGCAAUAUUUAUGUUUUUGUCUAGUUUUUUUUGAUACUUGUAUUUUAUUUUUAACAAAAUAUAAUGUUUGUGAGUAUUUUA